UUAAUAAGAAUAAUGUGAGGCACAUGUGGGGUUUGUCUCUCUUCAUGAAACAAACAGAACAGAGCACUCUGCUUCUCUUUCUCUCCACUUCCCACCAUGCCCCGCCCCGGUUCCAAACCUUACGAUUGCGUCAAAAGAGCUUGGCACAGUGAAAUACACCAACCCAUCAGAGGAACUCUCAUUCAAGAAAUUUUCAGGGUUGUCAACGAGAUACAUGGGUCUUCUACUAAGAAGAACAAAGAGUACCAAGAGAAGCUACCCGUUGUUGUGCUCAGGGCAGAGGAAAUUAUUUACUCUAAAGCCAAUUCCGAGGCUGAAUACAUGGAUCUUAAAACACUUUUGGAGAGAACAAAUGAUGCUAUUGAUACAAUAAUUCGACGUGAUGAGCACACAGAAACUGGAGAGUAUUUGUGCCCUUGCAUCGAAGCUGCUCUGAGUUUGGGUUGCUCCCUAACAAAAGCCACAAGGAGUCAACGCAACAACCAACGAUGCUACCUAAGUCGCAGUACCGAAGAGGUUCCAAAACUUUCUCAUGGCACGUUGCUUAAUAACCCAAAUACAAAGGAUCAUAAUAACACAAAGUCUCAAUAUGUGUCCGAGAAUGUACCUUCAGCUAGUAAAAAGCAAUGCGUGGAACAUCAAGCUCCACCAAAAUUGUGUUCAGUUUAUCCUCUGUACUAUGGGAACAACAAUAACAACAUCCAACAUGACAAUUCACAACAUCAUCAUCAUGGAUUCAAAGUAUCACAUGUAUCUGUUUCUCACACUGGUGGACCUGCCCUUGUUGGUGGUGGUGGUGCUAGGAAUCUACUAGCCAAUAACUUAAAAAAUUCUUCAAGUGGGGGAUCCCAAUUAUUCAUUAUUAAAGGGGAUUUUGUGAAUCCAUGCACACAAAAAUGUGAUCUAUCAUUGAGGUUAGGACCCCCUUAGUGUACCAUCAUCCCCUAGUUUUGAAAAAUGGUCAGAUUCAGGAAACUGAAGUUUGAAACAGGCAAUUGUUCGAACCUCCCAGAAGGGUAAAAAGUUGGAGCUUCAAAGGACAAUUAUGUGAGAAUGCAACCAACAACGGUACAAUUAACUGAACGCAUAUUUUAGAUGUUUUGUUUGAAGCCAAAGAUAGUGUGUACUAACUUUGAGAAUUUGUGGUCUCUAGUGUGUGAUUUGCUAUGCUUCUUGGAAAGCCUAGGCAUUAUUGUACUUGAGAUGUUGAUCUCAGUUAUGUGUUAGUGUUAGUACUAAUGGGUUAUGUAAAUAAUAACUUCAAUCAGAAUUGUAACGGUGGAUUAGUAGCAUGUGUUCGGUUUUGUGUAAAAUUAUGCACGUUUUUGUAGUGUGUUUGGUUUUGUAUAAAUUACUAUGCACGAUUUCUAACGAAAUUGGUUUUGCAUA